AUGGAGAUGGAAGCCUGGGAUACCCAUGAGGCGAUUGGAUCGGGCGGAUGCGUGGCUAAGACAGCCCAAAUGAGACAUCAUCGUCACCAUACAUCCAGCGAUGCCAAUGAGUCUUGGCUUCAGCACCGUCAAUCGAUCCCGAUGAGCAAGAAAAUCGCCGUGGCGACAAUCUUGACUGUUCCAUGGACGCCGAAGCAAAGAGGGAUGAACUUGUCGCGCUCAGGGCGAUCAGCUGGAAUUUUUGAGGAGCAAGUAACCAACUGGAUUUGUGCCGCUGAACUGCUGCCAGAAGAUGAGCACCACUGCGAAGAGAAAGACAUUCCGGCUACUCUCCUGCAGGAAUUCUUUCCGGGUCAGCGCUCGGUCGCUGCCAGCUCGUUUUUAAUGGACAUUUAA